UAAUAAUCGAACAUGCGCACCAAGCUGUCUGCUACUCAACAUCGCUUCAUUUUGCAUACUGCACUCCGGGUAGAAGAUGCAUGUCAGUGGCAGAUUAUCACAGUUAGCCAAGCAGCUACUGGGGAAGCUUACUUUCGAUGAUCAUCAUGCUGUGUUCAGCCAUAAGACUAACUGGGAACUCCUGCGAGCACUUAGUGUCCUGCUAGUGUGUGGUUCUGAUCGACUGGUAGACAACAGUCUCCCGCUGUUACGCUUGGCAGAUCGACUGGGUCUCAGCAAACUGGUCUUGAAACCAACAGUGUAUGCACAGUUUGUAGCAGGCAACACAGAGCAAGACCUUUCAAGAGCUGCAAGAGACCUGAAGGAUCUCAACCUGAGGCUCAUGGUGGCCCCCACUCUGGAAGAAGAUAAAGGAGAGGCCAGUGACAAGCAGGAGAAGUAUGAUAGAAAUUUAAGCGAACUGGUAAACUUGGCUGAAAUGGUGUCAAAGCACGGUGGCCGAAACCCAUGUCUGCAGACGAAGAUAACAUCCCUUCUCUCAGCCGACACUUUGGUCAGCUUAACGAGACAGUUCUACGGUGGAGACAGCAGCUGUACGUCAGUGGUCGAAAAAGUCGCAGCGGCGAUAUCCGACGAUAGGAAAUCUUGCGACAUACAAGGCCUAACCGCAGAAGAGUCCAAUAAUCUUCGCCAUGCUGUCCGAAGGCUAUCCAUUCUUGGGAAAGCAGCUUCAUCGAAAUCCGUGCGGUUACUGGUUGAUGCAGAGUACAGUUACGUCAAUGGAGGCUGCAGUUUGAUGACCCUUGCAAUGAUGACUGUUUUCAAUCAGGUGUCACCAGUGAUCGGAUAUACUUACCAGUGUUACUUUAAGGGCGCCUCUGACAUGCUCUCACAAGAACUUAAAAUACUGGAAGAGCUUGGAGCAUGUUUUGCAGCAAAACUCGUCCGAGGCGCUUACUUGGAAAAGGAGAGGCAGCAACCUGUCCCAUUAACCUGCGAAUCAUAUGAGGCCACAGGAAUCAAUUACUGCAAAGUGCUGGAUCAGGCCCUGGACUACGUUGUUGAGAACCGGAAGAGACGCAGCUUUCUCGUGGUUGCGACCCACAACGAGAGCGCCAUCCACCACGCUGUGGAGAAGCUGGGGCAGCUCGGAGUGCGACCUGACCAAGAGGACAUAGCGUUCGCUCAGAUCUACGGGAUGGCCGAGCAGAUAUCCAUACCACUCGCCGCUGCGGGCUACACGGUGUACAAGUCGGUCCCCGUGGGCGGCCUGGGACAGGCGCUGCCCUACCUGGCUCGCCGCCUGGCGGAGAACCGAUCCGUGCUGGCGGGCGCCCGCCACGAGCGCCAGCUGCUGCAGAGGGAGCUGCGACGUCGGCUCCGGCCUGCUGUGUAUGUCUCCAUAUGCCUUUCUGACGCCAACAGGGCUGCAGGAAUGCCUGCACUCGGUAUUGUGGUGGGAGGAUGCUAG